AUGAAUCGAACACGUCUUGCAACAUCAGUUGACUAUAGUCAACAGUUAGCACAUAAUCUUCAUGAACUUAAUAAACGUGAACAAUUGAAUGUACAUGAAGUUAUUAGUCAUCAAUAUUUACGACGGGUUUUUCGUCAAUAUGAAUUAUUUGGUUUACGACAAGAUACACUUGUAUUCGUUACAUUAACUGCUUUAGGUUCAAUAUCCAAUCGUUCUUUCAUCAAAAAUUCAAGCAAUUUAAUAGUAUUACUCAAUCAAGGUUCAUUACUUGUUGGCAAAACUGGAACAAAUAAAAGUAGCUAUAUCAAAGUAAUUCGUCAUGGAAUUAAUACAUUAGCACACCAUUAUGAAUCGGUAUAUUAUCCAAACAUUGAUAGAAAUUCAAACAAGAUUGAUCGUGAUCAAGUUAAUACCAAACCCGAUCAACCAUCUUCUUCAACAUCAAGUGAAAUGUUGAAGGCCUCGUUCAUGGCCGAGAAUUGUACUGAACUUGCUAUUACUAAAAAUCUAGCAACAACAAAUACUUUGCUUUGCCAUGACGAGGGAGAUGGUAUAUUAUCUUCAUUCGGCUUCUACUCACCAUCUGAAAUCAAAAAUGCACCAGCCAUAAGUUUAUUGUGUUCGGCACUGGAUGGCCUUGUCGAUUUUAAAAGAAUUACAGGCCGCCAGUGCAUCAAUGUCAAAGAUUCACAUCUUUCGAUGCUUCUUGCUACAACUGGUAGCAAGAUGUCGGCCACUCUACAGGUAAUGCAUCAAGAGAAAGAAAAUGUCGGUGUAUUAGGACGUAUUAACAUUUGGCAUCUUUCAUCUUCUGGUGAAUUUAAUCCACCAAAAUCUUCAAAACUUAUUCCUGAUAUAGCCUCAAUUGAUCAUUUAUUGAUAAUAGCUCAUCAAUUAUUUGCAUAUUCACCAGAAUUUCGUUUUGAGAAGUAUAUUUCAGAUGUUACAAGUAUCAAUCAUGAUGAUGAAGAAGAUGAAUACAUGAAAGCGCUUCGUAGUAAACAAGGAAUUGUUAGCAACAAUAAUUUAUCAAAUUCUUCUAUCAAUGAAGAUGAAUAUCGUCAUGAUAUAGUUUAUCCACGUCCAGAAGAUUUAACUAAUGAUGAUAGUUCAAUUAGUGCACAUAAACUUAUGAAUUCAAUUUUGGAUUCAGAAUUCAAAAUUGCUCAACAAAUGGAUGAACAUUUAGUAGAAUGUGUUCCUAAAUCAACUUAUAAAUUUCCACAAACUUGUUCUUUACUAUGUGUAUUGGAGCUUAUUGGUGAAAUUGCUUCAAACUUAUUAAAAUAUAUUGUAUUCGAUGAAGGCAACUUUUCUCGGCCACAUUCAUCAUCAAAUAAAUUCAUAUCAGUGGACUUUGUUCUUGCUGCUCAUCAAUAUGUAGCAAACUACAUUACAACUUUACCAAAAAUUGAAGGUCGACCAAUUAUCUAUAUUAGUAAAUUACAAAUGGAACGAGCUUUUCAUUUUUACGUCUAUGUUGAAACAACAACGAAGAUCUUGUUCGAUGCAUCAUUGAUAAAUUCAACAAGUCAAAUUGGAUAA